GGUGUCGUUGCCGUUGGUUGGUUGCGUGUGGUGUGGGUCAGAUGGUGUCGUGACUCCUGUAAGAUCGCAUCAAUCGUGACGAUUAUUAAGUAUAAAAGGGUAGAAGAGAGUAGAUAUAAAAAUGAGCGCUGGAAUGCCGGAGCUCGGCUCCAAGAUAAGCCUUAUUUCGAAGGCUGAUAUAAGAUACGAGGGACGUUUGUUCACGGUUGAUCCCCAGGAGUGUACAAUUGCUCUCGCUAGCGUGCGAUCAUUCGGCACAGAAGAUCGUGAGACUCAGUUCCCAGUAGCACCUCAAAAUCAAGUUUAUGAAUACAUACUGUUCCGGGGCUCUGAUAUCAAGGAUAUCAGGGUGGUCAAUAAUGUCAACAAUAUCCCAAAUGAUCCAGCAAUUGUGCAGAUGACGGUGCAACCGUCGAUGGGACAACAAUCGUAUCAGCCACAGCCGGGUUAUGGUCAUCCGAUGAUGGGUCAAAUGGGUCCGAUGGGUGGACAGUAUGGCGGACCGUACGGUAUAGCAAUUGGAGCGAUGGGGCCGGUAAUGGGUAUGCCAGGUGGCGCAAGGGACCCUCGAGGGCCGAUGAGCAAACCCCCAAGUGAGUUGAACUCGGGAUUUGUCGGGGAACCGAACGUCAUCGCUAUACCGAACACACUACCAACGGCCAACGUUAAGCCGUUGACUAAAGAUCAAUCUCUGGAAGAUGGUGUUCUGGAUCUGAUUAGCGGAGGUUCUCGUUCGACGACUCCCACUUCGUCUUUACUGACGAGAAAAAGUCCAACGAUCGAUCAGGGUGUCCAGGUUGGUCAUCAAGCCGCCCAACAUCAACAACAACACCAUCACCAGCAGCAGCAACCGCAGCAACAGCAAGCGCAGUUGCACCAAUCGCAUAGCAUGAUGUCCAAGUUCGGUGAUCAGAGUCAUAACAGAGCCGUUCAGCCACCGCGUCGUGGUCGUGAUAGUCCCGGAAGCGGAAGGACCGCACGUGGGAUGGGUCAAUACUCUGAGAGAAAACACGAGGCGAUGAAGCAAGAUGGUCAAUUGCAUGAACAGGGACAUCCUCAAGGUAUACACGCAGGACGUGGUCAACGCGGUGGCUGGAUCGCUCGCGGCGGUAACAUGCGAGGAGGUCGAGGAAGUCGUGGUGGACGCGGUGUUUAUCGUACCAAUCAGCCUGGCAAUACUGGUGCCAAACCGAAAAAUACUCUCAAAUUUGACAACGAUUACGAUUUCGAACAGGCCAAUACCGAAUUCGAGGAGCUGAGAUCUCGAUUGGCUAAAGCGAAGAUCGACGCCGGUACCGAGAACGAAAAGAAAGAUGACAGUGGCAAUGAGACAGGAGCUGGCGAGGGCGAGCCCGAGGAAGAUUCAGACGUUGUGCAUUACGACAAAUCGAAAUCUUUUUUCGACAAUAUCAGCUGUGAAGCUGUCGAGAGGAGUAAAGGAAGAUCGCAGCGUACCGACUGGAGAAAAGAACGAAAAUUAAAUUCUGAAACGUUCGGCGUGGCUUCUACGAGACGAGGAGGUUUUCGAGGACGUGGAUAUUAUCGCGGUAUGGGUGGAAUUUAUCGCGGUGGCGGCGGCGGCGGAGGUGGAGGAAACAUAGGACCAAUGGGCCUUGGACCUCAGGCAAUGGGUCCGGGUGGUCCUGGUGGUCCUGGUGGUUUUCGCGGAGGUUAUCGGGGUCAACGCGGCACGGGAAAUCGCAAACCUCAAGGAAACCAACAACAGCAAAUCCAGACAGGCAACCAGAAUCGUGCCAACAACGAACAAUCUUCGUCCUCCGUGAAUCAGCAACAAAACUCGACCGGCCGUCUGGUUACGGGUACCGCGUAGAACCUACUUCUCGCAAAAUUAUUCGAAAAAAAAUUCACCCCUGACUUUUUUUGACCGAUAAUUCUUAAAAAAAAAAAAAAAAAAAAAAAAAAAAUAUUUUUCGAUUUUUUUUUCUACAUUAUUUUUCGGUCGAUUGUGCUUUCAGCCAGAAUUUCAAGAUUCAUUCAUAUACUCCGGUGAAUUUCAGCCAUAGACUUUUUUCAGAUCUCCGAAGCGAUUACAAGCUAUCAUAAUUAAGAAGAGAGAACGUACAAUCGAAAUACGAUGAUGAAAAUUGGAUUUUUUUUCAAGAAUUCCAUCGAUUUGCCAAAAAAAAAUUCUGACUCGAAUGAACGAUUGACUGGGAAUUUGUGUAUAGAAUUCUUAAUGAUAUUUGAAACAAACAAAACAUGAAGGAAGUAGAAAAGAAAGAAGGCGAAAGAAAAAUUGAAAAACAGGAAUAUGAGAUAAAGAUAAGAAGAUGAAACAACGCGACACUUCUAAAUAAGUAUUUACUUAGAAUUUAAGAUUUUUACGGAUACGUUCUUCGCCCCCGAAUAAUAAAAGGAUAAAGAACACUCAUAAAAGUCAAACAAGAAAGAGUACAGAGACGAAAGACAGAUGAGAGUUGUACCGGAGGUUUCUCAAAAAGGGCUUUCUUAUCGCCUCAAAAAGUAAGAUGAAGAUGAGCAAAAAAUGAAAAGGUGGAAUUAAGAAAAUUCGUCUCUGUCUUUCGUACUUGAUUUACACAAAAAGUAAGAAACAAUCGACUUUGCCGACAGACUGAAGAACCAUGGGAUUCGAGGAAUAUAUAAAUAUUAUUUUUUUUUAUUUUUUUCUGAAAAAUAAGACAAUUUGGGGAAGAGUAAAAAUUUGUUCCGAAAUCCACAAAAAGAGGUAAUCGAGCCUCUCGAGUCGGUCAAUCAUUGAUGGAGUUUGUUUCAUUAAUCACAAUAACAAUAAUCACAUUUUUUCGUUUUUUUUUUAACGUGGGAUCAACGCGAACAGAAUUUAGAAUUAGAAAAGGAAAAAGGAUAAUGAGGGAGGAGAGUUAUAUAUUGAAAAUAGCAUGCGAACGAAAUUAUUUGUUUACUUUUUUUUUUUCGUAAAUUUCGCGCGAGUUUUCCCGACCGUCCGACGCAACGAUCAGUUUUCUCUCUCUCUCUCUCUCUCUCUCUAUCUCUCUCUCUCUCUCUCCCGUUUUAUCUCGUUCUUUUGAAAAUAAGAGAAAAAUAUUCUGGAAUGGCAAUUGAUAAGAAAGGCGGUACAGAAAAAAAAUACGUUGUUUUGACAAAAAGCGAUUUUUUUCAUGAAUAAUGCUGGACAUUUUUGGGAAUAGUUGGAUCGUGUCCGUUCGUCGGUAGUUGAUGGAUAUUAAAAAUUUUUGCUCUUUUUUCGAGGAACGAGUCUCGAGGGACCGGACUAUUGCGUACGACCGAAUAAUUCAUAAUAAAUUGGUAUCAAUUGUCCAUGGCUGUAAAAAAAUAAACAAAAAAUAAAAUGAGAGAGAAAACGAGAGUAAUUCGUGAAAAUAUAAAUAUAAUUGUUUCUUACAACUUCCGAGAAAUAAAACAGUGAGACUCAAUUGAAAAAAAAAGUAUGUAAAUUUAUUACCACUUCCGUUUAAUCCGCGUGGUAGAAAAAUUCAAAUUGGGAAUUUGAACAAAUUCUCAGCAUAAAUAUCGAAUAAAAGCUGCUCGAGGAACAAGUAAUUUAGUCACAUUUCCAACGAGGAAAAAGAAACUUUCUGGAGAAGCGAAUGAGAUUCUCGGGGAAGAAAUCGUUUCUCAGGAAAUUUCUGUAACAUUAUUAUAAAUAUUGUCAUUUUGUUUUGUUUUUUUUUUUUUCCUAUGACUUCAUUGACGCGAGGAGAGAAUUCAAUGAAAAUGAGUUUGAUAAAAAAAAUGAGCUAACGUGAGAAAAAUAGAUAAUCUUGGUUAUCGCGUAUGGGACGUUUCGCGGAAUAUCUUGAGAUUCUGCCCAGUUCCAUCACCGUCGAUGCGUUCGAAUUUUCCAUGGACGGAUAUCGAGGAAACGUGGAAUUCUUGUCCGCAUAUAUUUGGCAUGAAAAAAAAAGGGAAUUCAAAUUGAUCGACGAUUGUCUUAUGUUUGCAAUGUUAAUGCGAAAGGUCCCAUACAUUCCUUGGAACGAGGAAAGCAAGGGAAAUAUUUAUUUAAUUCAUUUAAGAUUAUAAUUGACUCUGCGAAAAUGAUUUAUCAGAAAAAGACCAAUGAUGUAGAAAUUGAAGAGGGAGCGAAGAAAACAUCGAGCUUUUUUGGAUUUUGUUCACGCUAGAGAAUUUAGUUAGUUUUUACUUUUACGAUACUUGCUCUGCACGCACAGGGUGUGCUUCUUUCAAUUUAUCGAUUGUUUUUUCCGUUUCCGAACAAGCGAACACAAUUAGGCGAACGAAAUAUUUAAAAAUAAAAAGAAAAUGAAAACGUUCGUACGAUCACGUACAACAAAGCGUUCUUACGAGUGUCCCGGUAUAAAUAUGCGAUUGGAAGAAAGUGAAAAACGAUACGGAGGAAUGAGAAAAAUUGUAAACAUAUUCAAGGCAAGUUGUAGGUUUGUUUUCUGUUUUCUCCCUCGUGAUUGGAGGAAGACAAAAGCGUUGAUGAGUUUCAAGAACAAAACGAAAAACGGCGAAAUAAAUUGUGUAGUAUGAAAAUAUAAAUGUGCUCCAUUUUUAUUACGUUUCCUCCCGCGUUUGGAGAACGAAAGAAUGGAACUUAUAAAUAUAGUUGGGAAAUAGGAAUGAGAAUGGUAUAAAAAUAAUAAAAAAAAAAAAACCUCCUAACGAUGCGUUUUAAAAAAUGUAUUCUUCAGCAGUUUUACAAAACACGUUAUUGAACAAUGAAGAACAUUUGGAAAUGCAGAAUAAUUGAACGAUCCACGAGAAUCGAAGAUAGAAGCAAAAUUGAGUGGAACAGUAACACUAAACGAUACGGGAGGAAUAAAAAAAGUCAGAACCACUCGCAUAGAAACCGACUAAACCGAAAUCAGUUCGAAACAAAAGGAUUUCAAUACUUUCAUAAACGAAAAAAAAAAAUCUCGGAGAGAGAGAGAGAGAGAGAGUGACAGGGGAUUUUAGGCGAGGAAAGAAUGAUACGAAAUGCGAUAAUUUGUUAAGCGGCUGUUAUUUUUGUAUGGUCCUCCAAGAAGGUCCCGUCUUAUGUAUGCAUUAACAUAUUCAUAAAAGCCUAUAGAACUUAGUUGAAAUAUUCGAUUAACAGGAGACAUAAAAAAGCGUAAUGAAUAGAAAAAAAUAGACGUUCGCCAUUGCUCGCUCGUAAUGAAUUAUAUAAAAACGAAGUAAAAAAAAAAAAAAAACUAUGAAAAACUAUAAAUUUGGGUAAUCCAGCGGGCUCGAGAAUUAGGGAGAAGAAGAAAAAACCAAUAAUUGUAAUGAAUAAUAAAGACUCCUUAGUAUACGGUGAAAAAUGGAGCUGAAAAAUUUGUUUUUGUACAGCUGUUGUGAUUCAAAUGAUGCUGAAUAAUACUGAGAUGAUGAAAUUUCAA